GUGGGUGGGGCGGCGGCCGGGGCCCUGGCGUUUACGUUUAGAGCGAGGAAAGCUCCGGGGACCGGUCCGCUCGUGACUGAACUCCGCCGAGCAUCGGGGCUGGGCGUCGGGGACGAGGCCGCCGCGAACCACUCACCUCCGGCCCAAGCUGAAGCGGCCUCGGAGCCCGCGUCCCGCCCGGCGGCUCCUGCGCCCGACCCUCGGCGGGCUGCGCGCGACCGCCCCGGCUCGGUUCGGGGCUGCGGCGGGAACCGCCGAGCUGGCUGGACGGGUCCUUUCUCCUGAGGACCCUGCCGAGGAGGAGAGGCAGCGCGGCCGGCCGCAGCUCAGGGCCGUGGUCGCCCGUCCUCGCCCGGCGUCCGCCUGUCGGAGGCUCGGCGACCUCGCCCGCGCCGCCCGGCUUGCUGCUCGGAGUGUGGCACCGAGCCCUCUGGCGGGGUGAUCUGCCCUCCUCGUUCUCGCCCAGGCGAGAGGCAUCCGCGUGAAGGGUGGCUGCGCUCUCUGAAAGUUUCUAGCCGGAGUGGAAAUGCGUGUCCCCUUCCCCUGGACCACUGACGGUUUCCACGCGAGCCGCGGGCUGAGAUCCCGUUCGGAGUGAAAGCAGGAGGGAGGGGAGGAGUACCCACAAAAUCCCUCUCCCGCCGGUCCCUUCCGCCCUCCAAGGGCAGAUGAACUUUGGAGUUAAGAUGCAGGGAGGUGAGCCGGCAGCGGUCCUGAAAGUCUCGGAGAGCGAGGGGAAGCUGGAGGGCCUGGCCACUGCGGUGACCCCGAACAAGAACAGCAGCAACAGCAGCUGCGGGGCUGCCGUCAGCGGUGGCGGCGGCGGCGGCGGCGGCCGCGGCGGCAGCACGAAAGGCUGGCAGUACAGUGAUCACAUGGAGAACGUGUACGGUUAUUUAAUGAAGUACACCAACCUUGUCACCGGGUGGCAGUAUCGGUUUUUUGUUUUAAACAAUGAAGCUGGGCUGUUGGAGUACUUUGUGAAUGAACAGUCUAGAAAUCAGAAACCCAGAGGUACUUUGCAGCUUGCGGGUGCUGUGAUCUCGCCCAGCGAUGAGGACUCACACACCUUCACAGUGAAUGCUGCCAGCGGGGAGCAGUAUAAACUCCGAGCCACAGAUGCUAAAGAGCGGCAGCACUGGGUUAGCAGGCUCCAGAUAUGUACCCAGCACCACACGGAAGCCAUUGGAAAGAAUAACCCUCCUUUGAAGUCCCGGAGCUUCUCACUUGCGUCUAGUGGCAAUUCUCCCAUAUCCCAGAGGAGACCAAGUCAGAGUGCCAUUUCUUUUUUUAAUGUCGGACAUUCCAAACUGCAGUCAGUGAACAAAAGAGCUCACUUGCAUCCAGACCAUCUUAUGGAAGUCAGAGAAAUGAUGUCUCAUGCUGAAGGACAACAAAGAGACCUAAUUAAACGGAUUGAAUGCCUUCCUGCUUCUGGCCUUCUUAGUUCCUUGGACCAGGACCUCUUGAUGCUCAAAGCUACUUCCAUGGCAACUAUGAACUGCUUAAAUGACUGCUUUCACAUUCUCCAGCUGCAGCAUGCAUCACACCAGAAGAGUGCAUUGCCCUCAGGAACGACAAUUGAGUGGUUGGAGCCAAAGAUACCUUUAUCAAACCACUAUAAAAAUGGAGCUGAGCAACCCUAUGCAACUGAGCCGAGCAAGCCCACAGCAGUCCCGGAAGCACAGUCUGUUGCAGAAUCUGGAGUAUUAGCAAGGGAGCCUGAAGAGAUUGAUGCAGGUGAUGAGAUAGAGGACACCUGUGACGACAAGGAGGAUGACCUGGGGGCCGUGGAGGAGCAACGCAGUGUUAUCCUGCACCUCCUGUCCCAGCUCAAGCUGGGCAUGGAUCUAACGAGGGUGGUGCUUCCUACGUUUAUCCUGGAGAAGCGUUCCUUACUGGAGAUGUAUGCGGAUUUCAUGUCUCAUCCAGACCUGUUCAUAGGCAUCACCAACGGAGCCACACCAGAGGACCGAAUGAUUCGCUUUGUUGAGUACUACCUUACCUCAUUUCACGAAGGCAGAAAGGGAGCCAUUGCUAAGAAGCCGUACAAUCCCAUUAUCGGAGAAACUUUCCACUGCUCCUGGAGGGUGCCCAGGAGUGAAGUGGCAUCCAGCGCGGGUGGGAGCUCUUCCAGCCCCGUCGUCACAAACCACGCUCCUCUGCCGGACGAGGCCCUGACCCAGGGCUCCUCAGACUCUUACACUGUCAGAUUUGUUGCUGAGCAGGUUUCCCACCACCCUCCAGUAUCAGGAUUUUAUGCAGAAUGUGCAGAACGGAAGAUGUGUGUGAAUGCACAUGUCUGGACUAAAAGCAAGUUCUUAGGCAUGUCGAUAGGUGUGACAAUGGUGGGAGAAGGUAUCCUUAGUCUGUUGGAGCAUGGAGAAGAGUACACGUUUUCCCUGCCUUGUGCAUAUGCCCGGUCCAUUCUGACUGUUCCUUGGGUAGAACUAGGUGGCAAAGUCAGCGUCAACUGUGCAAAGACCGGAUACUCGGCCAGCAUCACUUUUCAUACUAAGCCAUUUUAUGGUGGCAAACUGCACAGAGUCACAGCCGAAGUGAAGCACAACGUUACCAACACUGUGGUGUGCAGGGUGCAGGGGGAGUGGAACAGCGUGCUCGAGUUCGCCUACAGCAAUGGGGACACCAAGUAUGUGGACCUGACUAAACUGCCCGUGACAAAGAAGAGGGUGCGGCCUCUGGAGCGGCAGGGUCCAUUCGAGUCCAGACGAUUAUGGAAAAAUGUAACGGACUCCCUGAGAGAAUCUGAAAUUGACAAGGCCACAGAGCACAAGCGUACCCUGGAAGAGCGCCAGAGAAGUGAAGAAAGGCAUCGCGCUGACACGGGCACACCCUGGAAAACCAAGUACUUUGUUAAAGAGGGAGAAGGCUGGGUUUACCACAAACCCCUUUGGAAAGGAAUUCUGUCACAACCAGCAGAGUGACACAUGCUUUCUAAAACUGGACCAAAUGAGGCUCUCCGCUGUGCACCCCAAGCCCUCUCAGACAGAGUUGUUGCACUGAGUGACCUGCCUCCUAAUCGUACAGCCUGAACACGAAUGUACCUACUUGAGCCCAUCACCUUGCAGCAAGACCAAAGCGUUAUGGACACACGAUGGGCCUCUCAGCAGCCUGUUCCCCACCGUGAGCAAUACCAUCUUACCGCCUUCCACCCUCCAGUACCCGUGUCACCUUUUGCUGACCCGUACAAGUAUGCUCUGCUCUCGGAAGCCAACCAAGAGGGAGACGAGCGUGACCUUCAAGUGGAUUCAGCCGCUGUGCCUGAAGUCAGUGUUCACACAUCACUGGGCUGUGUAGCAAGGCCUCUUCCUUCGGAGGCCGUGCCUGUGUCUGUGGAAGCCCAUUGCUCGCUCUGGUGGAACUCUCUUUUAAAAGUGUAUUUAUAAUUAGAAUUGUAACCAUGGAGGAAUUUUUUUUUCUUCUGAGCAUUUUAAUAUACUUGAAAACAACAUUGACUUGAAAAAUUUCAGAACAUUUUUCAAUACCUAGUUUUAUUAAAUAUACACUUAAGAGACAAUUUUUUAAACUGUGUUCAUGUCAAAAUUAGAUUUUGGCCUUUCUCAAGAACUAAGGCAUUAAAAAAUAGCAAAUAUUAAAAAACAAAACUGUUACUUUUUCCUUACCUAUUUUCAUGUGUUGGUUCAAUUUCAGUAUUAUGUGCUAUCCUGAGUAAGUUUGCUUUAUCUGGCCUCUGUUCACACAGAAGCUAAAACUAAAACCUGUUCAUGUCUGUCAGUAAUUCAAUUAUGUAUGUGACUGAGUGCACGCAAAGAAUGGUUUCAUUUUCUUUUCAAGGAAAUUUAAAUGCUGAAGAAAGGCCAUGAAAUAAGCAGGAAUUUGCAUUCAGGUACAGAUUGGUUUGUUUGUUUGUUUGUUUGUUUGUUUUAAACAGGUGUUUUACUGGGGUUGAAGAAUUGCUGGCAAUGAACAGAAUAGUGCUAAUUAUGGUUUUCAUUUAUCCAAGUAUUUGCUGAGCACCUCGAGGUGCUGACACUUGUUGCUGCAAGCUACCUUCACUGUCCCAGAGUGGUGCCUUACCCUGCUCCUGCCCGUGUGGUCUUCCAGUCGGCGUGCAAACACGCACCUGUCACUCAUCAGCCGCGCCAGGCGGCUGCAUCUAUGCUCUGAAAAACUGUUUUCUUAGUAGGGUUAAUAGGAUGAAAACAGUGACAAUGAUUUUUCAGCAAACUGUAAAUUAAAAGAAUUUGUGUACAACCAUUUAAAUGAUUCCCUUUUCAUUUUUGCUGUGAAGUGCACUGAAGAAAAUUUUAAAUGAGCUAUAGUUCAUGUGCUGAGAAAUUUGAAAAAUAAUAAAAAUGGAGAA